AUGGCGCCAUCAUCACUUUUGGACCUCGUGUCCGCGCUCCCCACCACCGAUGGCUGGGGCCCGGCGGUCUCUGAAGAGACGAUGCUCGACGGCGUGCCCUUUGCGCCUUACUCCAAGGCCGACAAGCUGGGUCGCAUGGCCGACUGGACCGACGGCAAGGACCGCGACAGGGGCGGCCGCCAGCAGUACGGCAACCGCAACUACAGAGAUGCGCAGGUGUACGGCGCCAACGCUGCCGGCAACCCCUUCGCCGUCCAGGUCGCGGAGGAAGAGGCCACUUUCUCCGUUGUCGACAACACACGCACAUCAGCCCGCACACGCGGAUUUGGGAGAGGCGGCGGCACAGUCUUCCGUGGCCGCGGCGGAGCACGAGGUGGACAGGCACAGCGCGGCGGGCGGGGCACGUUCCAGCGCGUCGGCGGCCGUGGCGGGCAGGGAGGCUACGACAGCCGUGGAGGCCGUGGAGGCGGACGCGGUGGACGCCGCUUCGGACGGUGGGACGACAAGCCCCAGCGCAACCGCGACCCCUCAGUCCAGGCCAAGCCCGACUGGAUUGUCCAGGAGGAGAUCGACUUCUCGCGUCUCGCCAAGCUCAACCUCGAUACCGGCGAGGGCGAGGACCUCGACAACUACGGCUUCCUUUACUACUACGACCGCAGCUACGACAAGCAGCCCGGCGCGAAGACCUCGGAGCGCAAGCUCAACGUCCUCGAGCGCGCCGCUUACAACGUCACCACCUCCAGCGAUCCCAUCCUGCAGGAGCUUGCCGACAAGGACGAGGCCACCGUCUUCGCUACCGACAACGUCCUCUCCAUGCUCAUGUGCGCCACCAAGUCUGUCUACUCGUGGGAUCUGGUCUUCACAAAGAGGGGCAACAAGGUCUUUAUCGACAAGCGCGACCAAUCCAGCCUGGACAUGGUCACCGUUAACGAGAAUGCCGCGGAUGCGCCCCUUGAGAUCUCUGAGGGCAACAAGGACUCAAUCAACAGCCCCGGUGCGCUUAUGCUCGAGGCUACCCACAUCAACAACGUCUUCCCUCUCCAGGUCGUCCAGGAAUCGGAGACCCAGAAGGUCAGCAUGCCUCACGAGCACCCCUUCUACAACGAGGAGGUCGAGAGCGAUCCCGCUGCUUCCAAGGCGUACAGGUACCGCCGCUUCGAUCUCUCGCUCGAGAGGGAUCAGGAGCCUCUGCACCUGAUUGUCCGAACUGAGCUCGACGCCGUUGUCAAGAACAACAUCAACGGCGAGGACCAGUUCUUGACCAUCAAGGCGCUCAACGAGUUCGACAACAAGGCCCAGGGUGCUGGUGGUGCUCUGGACUGGAGGUCGAAGCUGGCCAGCCAGCGUGGUGCCGUCCUUGCUACUGAGAUGAAGAACAACUCAUGCAAGCUCGCUCGCUGGGCUGUCCAGUCCAUCCUUGCCAAGGCUGACACUAUGAAGCUUGGUUUCGUAUCCCGUACCAACCCCAAGAACAACAACGACCACGUCAUCCUCGGCGUGCUCACCAACAAGCCCCGCGAGUUUGCUUCGCAGAUGGCGCUUAACCUUAACAACGGUUGGGGUAUCGUGCGCACAAUCGUCGACAUGGUUCUGCGUAUGGAAGAGGGCAAGUACGUCCUUGUCAAGGACCCCAACAAGGCUCUCCUGCGUCUGUACAGCGUGCCAAUGCACACGUUCGAGGAGGAGGAUGAGAUCGAGCUGGGUCCGGUUGAGGAGGAUGACGAGUAG